CCUUCUGUUGCCAUGGAUUUCAUGGAAUUUGAUGUUUGUAUCUAAACUGCAAACCACUGCCAACGCAGGUGCCGGGGAACAUUCCAAACUUUUCUAUCCUCAGUCCGAUCUAGAAAUCGAAUUCAGAAACACGCUUGGCGCACGAGAAUCACACGGUGUCUCUUGGAGCUCCGCCGGGACAAAACCUUCGAUGUGGUGGGAGAUGGAUAGUGAAAAUCAGAAAAUUAGCCAGCAUGAAAUCACUCAGUCGGACAUUUACAAAGAUCUGAGCACGCCCAAACGUUUUGACAGUCCGUAUCUGUUCAAGGGCUACGGGAGUCAGAAGGAUAAUAACAAUCCGAUCUAUCGUACAUCGAACUCUGAUUACGGAUUUUACCCUCCUUGUCCGCAUACUGUUCCUCACAAGUACUUUCCAAAAUCACACAAAUUCACCGGUCAUCUUCACCAGUGUGGAAUGUUCCGCAAUUUCUCUUUGAAUACAGCUAUGGAUCGACCGUAUUGCGACUUCUAUUGAUUUUGAUAAUUAAUUAUUUGCAUCGCAUAUUUCAUGGACCAUAAACUCUUAUUCAAAUAAACGUA